AAAAUCAUUAAAAAAAACAUGCAUAUAGGUCACCGUAAUUUUCCGAUAAAAUCAAACAAACUCAUCAAUGUGAACCAAACCCCACCAAAUUGUUAACAGUCGUCUAGGGAUCCUAUAUAUUUGUAAGCAGUUUUUCGAGGUGAUGGCCUUCCAGAAGAAUAUCUGGCAAUCGGCUGCUAGCGGCGAUCGACAAAAUUUGCAGCAAUGCUUGAAUAAAAAAUCCGCUCGAAAAUCCGGCCUCGCUAAGGUGAGCUCCCUGAGAGACAACCACAAUUGGACCGUGUUGCACCAUGCCGUUGCAAGCGGAAAUCCGGAUUGUGUAGAGCUGUUGCUGACCAAAUCGGACGUCGACGUGCAGGCUCGAUGCUACGAAGGACGAACAGCCCUUAUGUUGGGGUGCAUGCGGGAUGUUCCGUUGAAAAUAAUUGACAUGCUGAUUGGAAAGUGCGGAAUACUGGUUAACGUUUCGAGUAUGGAAUUUGUUUCGCCGUUGCACGUUGCGGUGGAAAGAAAAAAUUUGCCGCUGGUAGAACUUUUGGUGGCAUCCGGUGCCAAUGUUAAUGCCCAGGAUUAUGCCAAAGAAACGCCUCUGCACUCUGCCCUUGAAGCGGGCGAUUUAGGUAUUCUCAUCCAUUUACUGUACGUUGGCAAGGCAGAUGUGACCGUGGUGACAGAAUACGGAAUAACUCCUUUGGAGAUUUUGUCAGCUAGGGCUAACUACGAACAAAAACUGAAAGUAGCCUGUUUCAAAAUGUUGUUCAACUUCGUACAUCCCCUAAACGCACAUAAAAUGAAAUAUCCGAUCGAGGACAUAUUUGAAUGUGCAGUUUUGAGUUAUCGAAAUGUAUCCUUGGUUCCGCACUUUGUGGAAACUGCUUUGCUAUGGGAAAACAAUCUCGACAAACGAAGGCUUGCACUGGAACUGCUCGAAGGACCAAGAGAUCAGUAUCAAACGAGUCGAAUCAGCAACACCGUUAAUCAUAAUUUGUUUCAACUGUUGGCACUUUUGUUGGUCGAUAGCCAGGGCAUACAAAGGUUGGAGCAACAAUAUACUGAACUGAGUCUUUGUGAUUCAUUUUGUGAACUGAUACAGAAUGAAAUGGCUGCAUUCACAGUGGCUGCAAUACGGGAAAAUGACGAUGGACGAAUGUACCGUAUGAUUUUGGAAUAUCUGGAAUAUUUCAAAGCUUCCAACUAUUUUGUUUCAAGUCAGAUAGAACCAACACUUAACAUAGUCAAAAGUGCACUUAUAAAUUAUGAAAUUGAACAUGAAGAUCUGUUAUCACAAGAGGAAUUAAGUCGAUACCAAACUAUCGUGGACAGAUUCGUUGCGAUCAGCAAUACGGAUGCAAACAGCAUCCUUCUUUCCAUGACCCAUGAAACGAAAGGAACAGAAGAAGCGCUCAUCAAGUAUUUUCAACCUGUUGUUCGUUACUGUACUAAUCUAUUUAUGGAACGCAGGGUACAUGGGCCCCCGAGGUAUCCGAUGUACUGGAGCCUGCUACAGAGAUACGGGUCUUUCGAACUUGUUAGCGAUUAUUACGAGAAUGGGAUAAGUUUGGAGAAUUUCUCGCUACGGCGAUUGGCCCGUGACUCGGUAAGGAAACAGGUGCUAAGCACUGUCGAAGAUAGCGGUGGAAGAGCAGAUCUCAUGUUUGUGGAGCGAAUAAAGGCACUUGGAAUUCCCAAGGCACUUAUCCAAUAUCUUCUUUAUCAAUGAGACUUUCUAAGUUGAAAUAUAGUGUUAUGAGAACAGAUGUUUCCAUGAAGAUGUACAUAGAUAGGUAUGAACGGUAUAUUUUUUCGUUGAGUUGUAGAAUAAAGUGCAAACAUGUAUGUA